UGGCUUCUCUGCUUCCCUCUUGCUGCCAAGUCAGUCGGCUCCUUUUCUGCUUUGCUAAUUGCUGAUACCAGAGCAAGCAUUCCCAAGCUUUUGUCACCAACUAGGGUGUCUCUCCAGGAAACUUCCGGGCUUCAGGCGGCAUAUUGGGACCAUUAGACUACUCCGACUGCGGAGGAACCCAGCCUCAAUUCUGAGUACCUUCCCAGGUUCUGGGCUCUCAGAACAGCGUGUUCUGAACGUCAACGCGAAGGGCAAGAGCCUUAAACUGAAGGGGCUGUGGAUUAUUUACUCUGAAGAAGCUCCCGUGUGGACAGGAAAGCGCUGACAGGUCAAAUGGACCCCAUGGAACUGAGAAAUGUCAACAUCGAGCCUGAGGACGAGAGCAGCAGUGGAGAAAGCAUUCCAGACAGCUACCUGAGGAUGGGGAACUCUGAAAAGGCAGCCAUGAGCAGUCAAUUUGCUAAUGAAGAUGCCGAAAGUCAGAGGUUCCUAACGAAUGGAUUUUUGGGGAAGAAGAAGCUGGCCGAUUACGGGGAUGAACACCAUCCCGGAACGACUUCCUUCGGAAUGUCCUCCUUCAACCUGAGUAAUGCCAUCAUGGGCAGUGGGAUCUUAGGCUUGUCCUAUGCCAUGGCCAAUACAGGGAUCGUCCUUUUUAUAAUCAUGUUGCUUACUGUGGCAAUAUUAUCACUCUAUUCGGUUCACCUUCUAUUAAAGACAGCCAAAGAAGGAGGGUCUUUAAUUUAUGAAAAAUUAGGGGAAAAGGCAUUUGGAUGGCCCGGGAAAAUUGGAGCCUUUGUCUCUAUUACAAUGCAGAAUAUUGGAGCAAUGUCAAGUUACCUCUUCAUCAUUAAAUAUGAGCUACCUGAAGUAAUCAGAGCAUUCAUGGGACUUGAAGAAAACACUGGGGAAUGGUACCUCAAUGGCAACUACCUCGUGAUAUUUGUGUCUGUGGGAGUUAUCCUUCCACUCUCUCUUCUUAAAAAUUUAGGUAUUAAUUCACUAACUAAAAGUUACCUUGGCUAUACCAGUGGAUUUUCCCUGACGUGCAUGGUGUUUUUUGUCAGUGUGGUGAUUUACAAAAAAUUUCAAAUACCCUGCCCACUGCCUGUGCUGGAUCACGGUGCUGGAAACCUGACGUUCAACAGCACACUUCCAAUACACGUGAUUAUGUUGCCCAAUAACUCAGAGAGCACUGGUGUGAACUUCAUGAUGGACUACACUCACCGAAACCCUGCAGGGCCGGAUGAGAACCAGGCCACAGGCCCUCUUCACGGCAGUGGAGUGGAGUACGAAGCUCACACUGGUGACAAGUGUCAACCCAAAUACUUUGUAUUCAAUUCCCGGACCGCCUAUGCCAUCCCAAUCCUAGCAUUUGCUUUUGUCUGCCAUCCCGAGGUCCUACCCAUCUACAGUGAACUUAAAGAUCGGUCCCGGAGAAAGAUGCAGACGGUGUCCAACAUUUCCAUCACAGGGAUGCUCAUCAUGUACCUGCUUGCCGCUCUCUUUGGCUACCUCACUUUCUAUGGGGAAGUUGAAGAUGAGUUACUCCAUGCUUACAGCAAAGUCUACACAUUUGAUACCCCCCUGCUCAUGGUACGCGUGGCAGUCCUGGUGGCAGUGACACUAACUGUGCCCAUUGUCCUCUUCCCAAUUCGGACCUCUGUGAUCACACUGCUGUUUCCCAAAAGACCCUUCAGCUGGAUAAAGCACUUCCUGAUCGCUGUCGUGAUCAUUGCGCUCAACAAUGUCCUGGUCAUCCUCGUGCCCACCAUCAAAUACAUCUUUGGAUUCAUAGGGGCUUCGUCUGCCACCAUGUUGAUUUUCAUUCUUCCAGCAGCUUUUUAUCUCAAACUUGUCAAGAAGGAACCUCUUAGGUCACCCCAAAAGGUUGGGGCUUUGGUCUUCCUCGUGACUGGAAUCAUCUUCAUGAUGGGAAGCAUGGCGCUCAUUAUAAUCGACUGGAUUUACAACCCUCCAAAUCCCAAGCACCACUAACCUGAGGAAAAGCUUUCCAUUGGAAAUGGCCGAAAUUAUGCUCCAGAGGACAAUUUACCUGCCUUGAUUGGGAUGUUAUUCAGAAGAAAUAACGAGAAGAUUCCAGAGACAAUUCCUAAUUCCAUUGCCUGACACCUGUGGAAGAGAAAAUUAUGGGUUUGGUCGGGAAUGGCGAAUGAUGAAUUAAAAACCUGUGGCACACAUUUCAACCCAGGCCUUCUAGUGCGGUGUGUGAUGCCCGAGGUGUGUUUUGCAGUUGUGCAAGCAGAAUCUGGUUGGCUGCAUGUCUUGGUCAGCAGACAAUGCCGUGCCCCUGUUACUCUGCCCACAAUUCACCACCCCAGAUUAGCAAAUCAUUGUGUUCUCAGAGCACCAAGCAAAAAUGCCCCAGUGGCAAAGCCAUUGUCACUCAUGGCCAUCUCCCAUCCUACAGUAACACUACUGACUACUGACUGACUGAGGCAGGCACGUAUCUUGGGAACUGUCCCUGUAAGGUACAUGAAUGACAGGUACCAGUCUAGAGUACUUUGUUUCAAUACUAAAAGAGUUGUUUGCCCAACCUACUUAUUACAGUGAAUUAGUGUCAAUGGGUUUUUUUUACGGUAGAUGUUAAAACAUCUCACUAAAUGGACAGUGGGAGUGGGGUGGUAUUUAAUUAUCAAAAAAAGAAAAAUAACAGAAUAAUGCUUUUAGCUAGACUGCCGAGUGAGACAGCACCUGCUUUUUCAUGUUGUUCCUGGCAUUUUUGUCACACGUUUGUCUUUGAACAAGGCUUUCCCUCUUGUCUUCCAUUCUCAUGCGUAAUUUUCAGAAGACCAUAAUUCAUGUGGAGACACGCUACCCAGUAUUUUUUGAUACAUUUUUAUUUGAUAAACCUUCAGUGCAGGAAACUGUGAUUGUGCUAUAUGUUUGUAUAUAUAAUUUCAUUCUGUAGUUGCCAGAAUGUUGACAUAUGGUACAUUGGAUUUUCAUUUUUUACAUAUGAAGUUUUCUUACUCCACAGUCAAAACAAUUAUAUUAUCAGGUUGGGGCAGGGAAGUAAGCUAGUGGGCUCAAAAAUCCAUGUGUAUGUAUGUUACUGUCCAUUGGAGGUAUCUAAAAAUUGACCCCAAAGUUGUACAUAGUUCAGUAAUGCUCUUCACUGUUUACAACACUAUAAUCAUCUACAGGAAGGUAGCAAAGGGAGGGGCUCCUCGUUUGUAAAUAUUUUUCAGUACUAGCACUGGUCUUUGAGUUUAGCAUGUCUAGAAUGGACUCUGCUUCUUUUAGCUCGCUUGGGAAUUUGCUGACUUUCAUCUGUUAAUGUCAAGUGGUUAGACAUAGAUGCGCUAAUGUGACAUGGAGAUACAGACUGCCAUUCUUGUUCACAUCCAUAGACACUUACAUGGGAUGGAGUUCAGUUGUGACUCACUGCCUAGAAUGUUUGGCAUUCACUACUAUUUUUUUUCAGUUAUUUGUCAUGUACUUUACAUUUCAGUAAAGCCAAGUAUGACAUAUACAUAUCAGGAUGAUGAUAAUACUGUCAUACUACAACAGUUUUUCUGCAGUGUGCCUAAAAAUAUAUAUUUGUUUUAUGUAUCGUUUUCUGGAGUUAUAUACUAUAGAAUGGUAUGCCUUGUGAUAGAAAUUGAGCAUUACUAGAAACUAUCAUAACUUUUUAGUUAUUAUGAUUUGGGAGAAAAAAAUCACUAAAUAACAUCUUUAAGAUGUCUUUCCAUUUUCAUCCACCCAACAAAUAAACCAAGAUAGAAAGUGGAAAAGAUAUGUUACAAAUAUUAAAUAUGUUUAGUUUGAACAUAUUUAAAUGUAAAUAUAAAAGGUUGAUCCAAAACCAUUGGAAAACUGUAAAAUCUGUACAUAUUUUGAGUAUUUUACAUUGAGAAUGACUAACUUGAAAGUAUCCACACUUGUAAUUAUAGAAAUAGUCCAAGAGCAAUACGACCGUGCCAAAGACUACACACAGCACCGUUCCUUCGUGUGGCCAUUUUCAGGGGUAGGGUUUGCACAAGCUGCAGGGCAGAUUUGCAGAGUACCUUGUUCUGGCAAAUUUAACCCAUUUGUAAACAGAUGCAAAUUUUAUUUUCUUAUAUCAUUUAUAAGGUGGUUCGAUGUACUGGGGAGAUUUUUUAUUACAGAGACUGUAUAUUGGUAUAUAAUAAAUGAACUUUUCAAAUGA